AUGGGACAACCACGUAUACCCCCCACCCCGACAGCAACAAGCCUUAAGGGCAAGACGGUCAUAGUCACGGGAGCAAACUCUGGUAUGGGCCGUGAAGCUGCUCGCCAAUUUCUGACUCUGAACGCUGCGAGGGUAAUCAUUACCGCACGGGAUGAUCGCAAAGGUUAUGAAGCUGUUGAUGCACUUCGUCGCGACCCGGAAGUCCUGAAGUCAAACCCCGAUGCAACAAUCGAAUUAUUUCACUUGGACCUCGACGACUACCAAUCAGGGUUGGAAUUCUGUAAGCGAGUUGAAAGAGAGGUACCGAAUUUGGAUGUCCUUGUAUGUAAUGCAGGCAUGAGCAUUAUGAAUUAUGAGUUGAGUAAGGCUGGCCAUGAGAGGAUCAUGCAAGUCAACUGCUACACCCAUUUCUUCAUCGUGCUUAAGCUCCUCCCUCUACUCCGAAAAACAGCACUAAAUCGCAACACCCCUUCUCGGGUAAGCUUCGUUGGUUCGGAAAUGCAAAAAAUGCACGGGUUUUCAAGUGUUCCUCUAUCGGCCGACGAGAACAUAUUAGAACACUUGGAUGACAAGAAGCUGUACAAAUCGAUUAAUAGGUACGGUGACAGUAAGCUAGUCAUGAACGCUUUUGUCCGUCACUUGGCUACAUUGGUCCCUGACACGGACGUCAUUAUCAACAACUUUUGCCCUGGGCUUGUGGCCACAGAGUUCGAUCGACAUGCUCCAGCGUUAAUACGAGGCGUAAUGUAUGUUUACAGAAAGUUUGCUGCCCGAACUGUUGAGGAAGGUAGUCGCACUAUUAUCUAUGCAUCUGUGGUCUCUGGACAAGAAACCCAUGGGAAGUUUCUGGCGAGCAAUUUGGUCAAUGCUGGACCUCCAUUUUGGAAAGAACAAACUAACAAACGCUUUCCCGAACGACUCUAUGGAGAUCUCUUGGCGGACUUUAUCCAUGUCGACUCCAGCCUACAGAGUGUUUGA